CUGGAGCGCUGUCAAAAGUGCACGCAGUUUGCUCUGCGCUGUCAGUCUGUCAGAGAGACUGGUGCAAGUAUCAUCUCAUCAAACUCUUCCACUGUUGCUGCUGAAACCAUGGCCCGUGUUGAAACAUCACCCAGCAGACCAUACCAUCUCAUCAUCUUCGGAGCCUCUGGAUUUACGGGACAAUUCGUGGUGGAGGAGGUGGCCCGGGUCGCCUCCGAGGGUCCGAACGGGAACUUGAAAUGGGCAGUGGCCGGCAGGAGCAAGCAGAAGCUGGAAAAGGUUCUGGAGCAGGCGGCCGCAGAGCUCAGUAAGCCUGAGCUGAGGUCGGUGGAUGUCAUUGUGGCAGAUGUGGGAGAACCAGACUCUCUUGCAGCCAUGUGCAAACAGGCUGUGAUUGUUCUCAACUGUGUAGGGCCUUACAGGUUUUUUGGGGAGCAAAUGGUCAAGGCCUCUGUGGAGAAUGGAGCCCAUCACAUUGACAUCAGUGGAGAGCCUCAGUUCCUGGAGGGCAUGCAGUUCAACUACGACAGCCAGGCAGCUGAAAAAGGUGUGUACAUCAUAGGGAGCUGUGGAUUCGACUCCAUACCCGCCGACAUGGGAGUCCUCUUCACCAGGGACCAGUUCAAGGGCACGCUGACUGCAGUGGAGAGCUUCCUGACUUUUGGUGCUGGAGAAGAUGGCGGAUGUAUUCAUGACGGCACGUGGCAAUCAGCUGUCCAUGGUUUUUCUGAAGGCCAUGAGCUCACAACUCUCAGAAAGAAGUUUAAUCACAAACCCCUCCCCACUGUUGGCUCCAAGAUGAAACGCAGGGGAAACUUGUUCUUCUGUAAUGAGAUCGAGCAGUACUCGGUGCCCUUCAUGGGAUCUGAUCCCUCUGUUGUGAAGAGAACUCAGCGCUUCCUGGUGGAGGAGCAUCAAGAAAAGCCGGUUCAGUAUGGAGCGUAUGUGGGAAUCGGAGGAAUUGGCAACGUUUUCAAGAUGCUGUUUGCGGGCCUGAUAUUCUGGCUCUUUGUCAAGUUCAGUUUUGGACGCAAGCUGCUCCUCAAGCACCCAGAAUUCUUCUCAUUUGGAGUUUUCUCCAAGGAAGGACCAACUAGAAAGCAGAUGAAGGAGUCAACCUUCCAGUUCGAUUUCUUUGGAGAAGGCUACACGGAGGGCCAGGACCCCUCCCAGGGAAAACCCAAUGGCAAGAUCCGCACUGUGAUUAAAGGGCCAGAGUGUGCAUAUGUGGCCACGCCCAUCGCCAUGGUGCAGUCUGCCCUCACAAUUCUCAACGAACCCACAGCCCUGCCCAAGAAGGGAGGGGUCUACACUCCAGGAGCUCUUUUUGCAAAAACCACCCUGACCGACCGCCUCCACAAACACGGCAUCGAGUUUACUGUCCUCUAAAGUUUGUCCCCUCCCUGAUGCCAUACUCCAGGUUUUUGUCGGCACUUACUAAUAUGCAUGAUAAUUAAUGGAAAGCUUCCCACUUCUAGUUUCUCCAUGUUUGAUUAUGUGCAUGUGUCAAGAAAUGUUUUUGGGUUUUGUUUGAUUUUGCUGCGCUUUGUUUCGGCCUCGUCAAUAAAAUCACUUCUGCAAAUAAAAACAAGUGCCUGUG